AUGGAGCCAGACGUCAUUCAAAUGUACUCUUCAUCCCCACCACCACUGGACAAUGGAGCCGAGGAUGAGGAUGAGGAUGAAUUUGGGGAAUUUGGAGGGUUUUCAGAAGUUAGCCCUUCCAGUGUAGGGUUUGUUGAAUUUGAAACACCAGAUUGUACUCAUCCCAAGGAAGAGUUUGUACCUUCAAACCAUUUUAUGCCAAUUCAUGAUUUCUCAGAAAAUGUAGAAAGCCUUACAAGCUUUAAGUCCAUUAAAAAUGGUAAUGAUAAGGAUAUCACUACUGAGCCUUCUUCUCCUGUGAAAGGACAGUCUAAUGUUUUGCUCUCUACCACCAGCAAAGAAGUAAUUCCAUCUGAAACUUUAGAUACUUCCAUUGAUGGCAUAGGAAGUCCAGGAGAUUUAAAUAAAAUAAUGGAGCAGAGGCAGAAUGUUGGAACACAUGAAAGUUUCUCUCCAAGAGAUUUUAGAACUGAUAUGAAUGUUGUUCAUCAAAACAAGCAUUUAGAGAGCUGCAAUGGUGAAAAGCCUCCUUGUCUGGAGAUUCUAACAAAUGGGUUUGCAGUAUUGGAAACUGUAAAUCCUCAGGGAACAGAUGAUCUGGACACUGUAGUGGAUUCAAAAGGAAGAAAGCCUCUUAGCACUCAUGGUACUGAGUAUAAUUUAGACUGUGCACAUAGUCCUGCGGAGGAAUUUGCGGAUUUUGCCACAUUUCCCGAAAAGGAAAGGACACAACUAGAAGAAAUAGGAUGUGCAAUUUUAAAUGAUAGAGAAGCACUAACAAUUCAGGAAAACAAUAAAAUUAAUAGAGCAAAUGAACUAAAUUCUGUAAAAGAAGUGUCUUUGGGUAGAAGCUUCGAUGAUAAAGGACACAUUGAAGGAGAGGAUCAGAUUUGCCUUUCAGAAACAAGCAUGAAGAGUAACAGAGGUCUCAGUACUAAAAUACAAGGCCUUCCAACAUUACAACAGGAUGAAUUUUUAAAUUCCAAUGUACAAACAAAGGCUUGGACUUUGGUAGACUCAGCUGAUAAUUUGGAAACCAAUAGGAGAGAACGAUGUAAAACUGAGGAAAAACUUGAUUUAUUUACUUCCAAAUGUACUGGCCUAUGCAUGGAUUCUGUUAAAACUUUUGAUGCUGAUGAUGAAGUUUGUUCUUCCAAAGAAGAAAGUAGAAAGUUCACUGAUUACCAAAGCCCCAGCAUUGAUCCUACAGAAGAAAAUGUUUUGGACAAUCCUAUAAGUGUAAAAAAUGGUGAUAGUAGUAACAACUUUGUGACUUGCAACGAUACUAAUGAAGAUGAUUUUGGUGACUUUGGCACAGCCAGUGGCACAACUCCACCUUUUGUUACUGGUACUCAAGAUUCAAUGAGUGAUGUCACUUUAGAAGAGUCUUCAGAGCACUUUCCACAUAUUAGUGAACCAGGUGAUGACUUUGGAGAAUUUGGGGAUACAAAUGCUGUUUCUUGCCAAGAGGAAAUUAUAUUUACCGAGUUAGACCGAAAACAAAAUUCUGAUAGUUUUUCAGAGGAAUGUAAGUUGGAAAGAAAGUCUACAGGAACUGAAUCAAUUUCAAAACUAAAAAUUGGGCAAGAAGGUGAGUUUGGAGAUGUUGAUUCUGUGCCAGAUAUUCAAGAUGACUGCAAUGCUUUUCAAGACUCCGAUGAGUUUGCAGACUUCAGUUCAGCUGGUCCUAGCCAAGUUGUAGAUUGGAAUGCUUUUGAGGAUGGACAGAAAGAUAGUUGCUCUUGGGCUGCUUUUGGAGAUGAGCAAGCUGAGGAAUCUCAUCAUCGGAAGGAAGCCUGGCAGUCACAUAGGACAGAUGAAAAGACUGCUACCCCAGAAACCCUCAAAACGCACAGUGUCCCUGUAGCAACUUCAAAAGGAGCAGUUGCUGGUGGCUAUGUACAGGAAACAGCCACUUCAGUUCAGACAGCUUUACUAAACCGCCUGGAACGAAUUUUCGAAGCAUGUUUUCCUUCCAUAUUUGUCCCUGAUACUGAAGAGGAAGUUACGUCCCUGAAGCACUUGCUGGAAACAAGCACCUUGCCAGUAAAGACAAGAGAGGCCUUAACUGAAAGUGGGGAACUGCUGGAUGUAUGGACUGAGCUACAGGAUAUCCACGAUGCACAUGGCUUGAGAUAUCAGUGGGGCGGCUCCCAUAGCAACAAGAAGCUUUUGUGCUCCUUGGGAAUAGACACCCGAAACAUUCUCUUCACGGGCAAUAAGAAGCAACCUGUUAUAGUGCCCAUGUAUGCAGCAGGAUUGGGUAUGUUAGAGCCUACCAAGGAACCCUUGAAACCACUAUCUGCUGCAGAAAAAAUUGCUUCCAUCGGUCAGACAACCUCCAUGUCACCAGAAAUGAACACAUGUACAUCUGACCAAUUCCAGGAGUCUCUACCACCCGUCCAGUUUGACUGGAGUAGCAGUGGCCUUACUAACCCUUUAGAUGGUGUGGAUCCAGAGUUGUAUGAGUUAACAACGUCUAAGCUGGAAAUCUCCACCUCAAGCCUCAAAGUGACUGAUGCAUUUGCAAGACUCAUGUCCACAGUUGAGAAGACAAGCACAUCUACCCGGAAACCGAAGAGAGAAGAGCACCUCAGUGAAGAAGCCAUCAAGGUGAUCGCGAGCCUUCCUGACCUGACGUUCAUGCAUGCCAAGGUGUUGAUGUUCCCAGUCACCUUAACACCUUCCACGAGCUCCCAGGAGAAAGCAGACUGA